GUGGGGAUCGGGAACAGGGGGGACUCCAUGGGCUGGGAGGGCUUUUCCAACCUAAAGGAUUCUGUGAAUCUGUCUUGGCCCUCACAGAAAUACUAAAAACCUUGACCUCAGUCCUGUGCACCGGUGGAGAGGACUGGGAUGUGCUGGUGGAGGGGACUGGGAUGUGCUGGUGGAGGGGACUGGGAUGUGCUGGUGGAGGGGACUGGGAUGUGCUGGUGGAGGGGUCCAGGGGGCCCUACCUGGGCUGGGGCUGCUUCAUUCCCAUGGUCAGUGAAUCCCAGGCCCUGCUGCAGGGACUCAGCCCCGGGGGGCUCUCACAGCUGCUUCUCUUUCGUUCCAGGGCUCGGGAUGGACUUCCUGACACUCUUCUUGGUUUACCUGUGCUUUGUGCUCCUUGUCACUGCUCUGCUCUGCCUCUGCUCGGGAAGGAAGGAGAGUUUCCUCACAAGGAGUGUCACCAGGGCAAGCCAGGUAAAGAACUGGCCUUCCAGGCAAUGAAUGAGCUGCCAGGUGCUCUCGCUGGUGAUCCCCACCCAGCUGCAGAGGGUGGCACACAGGGUGGCACACGGGGCACUGCACAGGCUCUUCCACACCAGGAGCUGUUUGUUUGUUGUCCUGCACAUAGCCUUGCAGGCUGCAGUGUUUGGGGAAUACACCUGGGAAGUGUUUGGGUACUGCUGGGAGCUGCAAUUCCACCUCCUCCUCCUCCUCCUGCCCUACCUGCUGCUGGCUGGGAACAUGGGCUGCUUCCUGCUCUGCUCCCGGGCCAAUCCUGGUAUAAUAACAAAAUCCAACCAUGCAUCCCUGGUUAAGGUUUAUGCUUAUGAUGGUGUGAUGUUCCAGAGAGGCACCGUGUGCCCCACGUGCACCAUGGAGAAGCCAGCCAGGUCCAAGCACUGCAGUGUGUGUGGGACGUGCGUGCAUCGCUUCGACCACCACUGUGUGUGGCUCAACAACUGCGUGGGGGCCUCCAACGCCGCCUGGUUCCUGCUCUACCUGCUGUCCCUGACGGCCACGGCCACCGCCCUCGCUGCCAUCACCCUGUCCUUCCUCAGCCACGUGGUGCAGCUCUCCAACCUCCUGCACAGCACUUACCUGGAUGCCCAGGGCCAGGAGCACCCCGUGGAGAUUCCCUUCCUCGUCCAGCACCUUUUCUUGACUUUCCCUAGGAUUGUCUUCAUGCUGGGGUUUGUUAUCCUGCUCACACUCGUCCUGGGUGGAUACAGUGCUUUCAGUCUGUACUUGGCCUUCACCAACCAAACCACCAAUGAAUGGUGUAAAUCCAGAAGAUUUGGGGUGUCCCACCAUCUCUCAUCACAGCCCCCUGACAGACAAGUUGUCUACAAAAACAUUUAUUCUAAAGGAAUCUGGAGGAAUUUAAAGGAAAUCUUUAGGCCUCCUACAGCAUUGGAAAGGAAGAAGAAAACAUGAAGAUAUUUGUGCAUCUUUAAACUUUUUUGGUAAGAUUUUUAUUCCAGCAGUGGGUUUGGAUGCCCCAAACAGCUUUUGGAACAAGAUUACUGCAGAACUCGGGUUGAUGGUGCCCCAGCAGAGCAAGGUUAAGAUCCCUCCCUCUGUGAGGUGUCUGAGGUUCAGCUCAGUCCUGUCUGCAGGAUACAGGGACCAGUAGGAAUUUCCUGGGAUGGAGAGGCUGGUUUGGUCCAUCUUCCUGCAGUGAAUGUUCCUCUCUGGGAAGGGCCAACACAGCUGCUGUGAAUUUUGAGGAAGCUGCACCUUUUGUGAGUAUCUUUGUGUGGGAAAUGAUUAACCCAUUACUGUAACAGUACAACAGGUAGUAUGUAUUUAACUGGAAAAAAAAUGGUUAUUGACAGGAUCUUAACCUACAGAGACCAUGUUCUGCUGCAGAUUUUGUACUAAUGUGGAGCACCUUCAUUUCAGGAAGGACAAUUAAGUGCUGCAUCCCCUUA